GCAACACUUGCAAGCACUGCAAACCACGACAAAGACGUCGGGGAUGGAUUCUUUACAUAUAGCAUGUAUAGAUUUUUGACUUUGUGGAGCACUGGAGGUUUAACUUUCAUUCGAUUUCUUUUUUUCUUGAUAACUUGUCUGCAAGAUGAAGAUAGCUGUGGAGGGAUGUUGCCAUGGAGAAUUGGAGAAAAUAUAUGCCACAAUCCAGCAUCUUGAAGAGAAAGAGGGCAUUAAGGUGGACCUUCUGCUAUGUUGUGGUGACUUUCAGGCUGUCCGUAAUGAAAGAGACAUGGAGUGCAUGGCAGUGCCCAAAAAGUUCCGAACAAUGAACUCUUUUUACAAGUAUUACUCUGGUGAGAAGAAAGCUCCGAUUUUGACCCUGUUUAUUGGAGGGAACCAUGAAGCAUCCAAUUAUCUUGGGGAGCUGGCCUAUGGAGGAUGGGUGGCGCCAAACAUCUAUUAUUUGGGUUAUGCCAGUGUUGUUAAUUAUGGUGGCAUCAGAAUAGGUGGCAUCUCGGGGAUCUUCAAGCAGCGUGAUUUCAGGAAAGGACACUUUGAGAUCCCUCCCUACUCACAAGACACAGUCAGGAGUGCCUACCACACGAGGGGGCUGGAGGUAUUCAGACUAAAGCAGAUAGCGCAACCAAUUGACAUCAUGAUGUCACAUGAUUGGCCACGAGGAAUAUAUCACCAUGGUAACACACAACGGCUCCUCAGGGAAAAGACUUUUUUUAGAGACGACGUGCAAAGCAACACACUGGGUUCGCCAUGCAAUGAGGAGCUGUUACAUCAUCUCAAGCCUGCUUACUGGUUUGCUGCUCAUCUGCACGUCAAAUUUGCCGCUGCAGUUUCACAUGGGUCUGAAGGUGGAGAGGAAAGGACAACCAAGUUCCUGGCACUUGACAAGUGCCUGCCAAGGAGGAAGUUUCUUCAGGUGGUAGACAUACCCCACAAGACUGAUGCACCCUGGGAGUUGACCUAUGACACGGAGUGGCUUGCCAUAUUACAAUCCACGAAGCUUCUUCUUACAACUAAUGACAGGAUUGUCCACAUGCCUAAUAAGCAGUACAACAACAGGUGGGAUUACAGUGCUUCACUUGAGGAGCUAUCAGCUGUUCGGGAAAUCUUCCAAGAUGACUUGAAGAUCCCGCUAAAUUUCACCAAGACAGUGCGAGAGCAUGAUCCAGCCAAACCAGUCAGGAACACGACCCAGCCCCAGGCUGCAGUAAAUCCGCAGACGACAACGUUCUGCUCCAAACUGUCUAUAUCCGACCCGUUCGCCACGAUCAUGGAGAGCACAGGUCAGAGUAUCCUAGCAACCCCGUCUCCACUCAGGACUACCGGCAAGAGGGAUGUAACGAUCGAUACUGAGGAGGAUAGUGCCAUCUAUGAUUCCUUCACUGUGCCCUUUGAUACCUCCAUCGAGGAAGGCAGUGAAGAGGACACUGCCAACUCCUCCAGUAAUCCUGCCGAAAUUAGUUUAGAUGACGAAGAAGAGGAAGCGGAGCAGGUUCUAAGGACAAGCUUAAGAGAUCGUUCUGUAGAUCGGCCUCUCUUAAUCGACUUUCCCACUCCUGGAGGACGUCUAGAGCCAAAUUUGGAAGAAACCCUGCGCCACAAAAUCUCCCUGGAUGCCGAGAUUGUGAGCAGCACACCCCUGAAGGAUUCGCUGGUCAGAGAUGCAACAAUGCAGACCCCGGUUUUAACGAUGGGAAAGUUCAAGCGGCGGAAUCUUGAAAUCUACUCCUCACAAGAGGAGGAUUCACCAGCAGAUGAAGCAAAGACAGAUGGUUUGUCAUCAACGGGAGAAUCUAGUAGUACAGAGUCAGGGUCUUCCGGUAGUAAGAAGCUGAAGAGAAGGAACCAAUCCAUGUAUGCAUCAAAUGAUGAUACUGAGUGAAUCAAAAGAGGUGGAGUGUCUAGAAAACUUGUGUAUCUGUUCAUGUAUUUGUACAAUGUACUCAUUUUAGUAUGUCAUCAUCUGAUGUGUACCACUUACUUUUUCUUAAAGCAAGAUGGGGAGUAUCAAAACCUUUGUAUAUACUUAAGAUGAAUUUGGGAUAUGAGACUUGAUUUUCAUUAAAUUACAACUGCACAAAUGUAUGUGCAUACAUGAAUACCUUUCAAUAAACUUUUCAGUUUUGAAUAUGGAAACAUUCAGAAAUAGUAAUUAAAUUUAAGGACAAUUUUAUUUGUAAACAAUCAGAACCAGUGUUAUCUUGACCAAUUGGACGUGAUUAUCCCAUAAACCCCGAUCUCCCCCAAAGAAUCUGUUUUAAUAGAAAAACAACUGGAAUACGUUUGGGACGCAGUUUCCCUAGUUUAUUAUCCUGACAAUUUAUUGCAGAUUGGGAAUUGAGAAAAAAUCAAGUGAUUUAUCAAGGAGUAUUUUGUUCUCAGCAUGUAUGUUUGUAUAUUGCGGCAGAAAGUCCCCAAUUAAUUUUAAAUGGUCUUGUGUUAAUAAACACAGACAAAGUAGGGGAAAAGUCAGUGUAUUUUUAAUGAAUUGUGUACAGACGUUUGGGAAGUAACCUUUUGAACAUUUUAGGUCACUUUUUCCAAGUAUUGGAGCGGGACCCACAGAGGUCGUAUUGGCCAAAACUUUGACAGAUGAGGUUUUUUUUCCCACUAAACAAAAAAUUAACCAAAGGAUGCGAAGACUAAGCGACCAAGUAUUUGGGAUAAAUAUGUCAGCGUUGAAGUCGAGACACUUUGUGAUGGAUAAGAAGUAAUUACAAGUUCCUCACAAGUCUAUCAUAAGUCAAUCACAAGUCAAUCACAAGCCAGUCCCAAGUCAUCAGACAAGAUGUUCAAAUGAAGAGUGACAAAGGCAUUCCUUAUACAAUGUACAUAAUGUAUACAUGUAAUUGUUCAUCACCUGUUCAAUUGACGGUGAAUUACAUUGUGAUGUACUUGUGAUCCAUUCGUACAUCGACUAACAGUGCUUCGUGUACUUUUUGACGGAGUAUAUAAUCACAUGAGUGAAGCUGAUUAUGUCCCAGUCUUCAGUUUUAUAUUUUUUGCAUGCGACGUGUACAGAUUAUAAGAAUGAGUUCGUUUUUUCUGUUGUCUCUAAUGUUUUACGAUCAAUUUUACCUUAACGUUUGUUUUUAGUUCCUGUCGAGUGGUUUUUUUUUUACAAGUGAUUCGUAAUUAAUAAAUAUUGAACGUCCGUGCUGAAGGAUACUA